AUGGUCAAGCCAUUGACCUUCAAGGGCGACAAAAAGACCAAGAAGCGGAAGCGCGCCGCUGCGGAGCUCAACGAUGACGAUGGCGCCGGCGAGUCCAGCAGCAAGCAGGUGGCCGCCAAGGCAAACGAUGACAACGAAGACCAGGCCCAAGACGAUAGCUGGGUCUCGGCCGAUGCCGUCACCGAUGUCGUGGGCCCGAUCAUGAUUGUGCUCCCCACGGACAAGCCAUCUGCGCUCGCCUGCGAUCCCAGCGGCAAGGUGUUUGCGCUGCCGAUCGAGAACAUUGUAGAUGACAAUCCGACCAGCGCGGAGCCGCAUGAUGUGAGGCAGGUUUGGGUUGCCAAUCGCGUGGCCGGCACUGAAAACUUUCGCUUCAAGGGACAUCAUGGGAGAUAUCUCGCCUGCGACAAGAUUGGUCUGCUGUCGGCAACCUCAGAAGCCGUCUCCCCGCUAGAAUCGUUCAACCUCAUCGCCACCGCAGACACGCCCGGCACGUUCCAGAUCCAGUCUCUUCGUGACACCUUCAUCACCAUCAAGCCAUCCACGUCGUCCAAGCCGAAUGCGCCGCCCGCCGACGUGCGCGGCGACGCCGACAACAUCACCUUCAACACGACGCUGCGCAUCCGCAUGCAGGCGCGCUUCAAGCCUCGCAUCAGGACGUCCAAGGAGGAGCGCGAGAAGUCCAAGAUUAGCCGCCGGGAGCUGGAAGAUGCGGCUGGGCGGAGGCUGAACGAGGAUGAGGUGCGGGUGCUGAAGAGGGCGAGGAGGGAAGGGGAUUAUCAUGAGCGGUUGCUGGAGAUUAAGGUGAAGAAUAAGCACGACAAAUUUGGCUGA